AUGUUUGAGUAUAGUGGUGAAAUGGCUAAAGACUACAUCUACGCCGUCACGCCAUUCCUUGUUGACGCUAUGAUGGAGCGAGAUCAAGUGCACAGGCAAAUUGCUAUCGAUGCAGUUGCGCAUCUCUUACUAGUUCUCCAGUAUCGCUUACAAGCUUUGUGGCAUCCAGCUCGCAAAGUGAGGGAACCGGUGUGGAAGGUUGGUCUAAUCGAACCUGGACAAUUCCGCGCCACUGACGAACUUGUCCGAAAUUAA